CAUCACGCAGUAGCCGGCUCGGCCGAACGUCUGCCGCGGGAGGGCCGAGCGAGUGUGGUUGCACCAACACCGGUACUUAGCCGUGGAUCCGCGUGUCCUUGGGGUAGAGAGCGGGGCGUCUGCCUUCUGAGCUGGGACUUUGUGGUAACGGCGAAAGAGCGCUGAGCCUCGGACGUGGAAGCCGCAGCAGAUUUAAAAAUGGGUGAUGUUGAAAAAGGCAAGAAGAUUUUUGUGCAGAAGUGUGCCCAGUGCCACACUGUGGAGAAGGGAGGCAAGCACAAGACUGGCCCAAAUCUCCAUGGUCUGUUUGGGCGGAAGACAGGUCAAGCUCCUGGAUUCUCUUACACAGAUGCCAACAAGAACAAAGGCAUCACCUGGGGAGAGGAUACAUUGAUGGAGUACUUGGAGAAUCCCAAGAAGUACAUCCCUGGAACAAAAAUGAUCUUCACUGGCAUUAAGAAGAAGGGAGAAAGGGCAGACUUAAUAGCUUACCUCAAAAAAGCUACUAAUGAGUAAUAGUCACUGCCUUAUUUAUUACAGAACAGAAACGUCUCAUGGCUUUUUAAUGUGUACCAUAAUUUAAUAGAUCUCAUACACUAGAAUUCAGAUCAUGAGUGGCUGACAGAAUAUUUUUGUUGGACAGUCCUGAUUUAAGUAAAACUGGCUUAUAGUUAAAUGGAUAUCUUUUUUUCAAGUUUUGAUAGUAAUUCCAGUUCAGUAAAUACUAUCACUGUUUUCCCUUUCUAAAAAUAUGGUUGGACUUGAUUAGUAAUGUUAGAAUUUUCACAAAGAUGGAGAAUGUUAUCUCAAAACCUACUGGAGGUUGAUUUUAUAUUUAGAUUUAUACAUAUAACUGGUUGUGUGAAUAUGUUUAAAUACCAGGGAAAUCCUUUACUGUCUCACAACCAAGCAAGACUCCUGUUUCAAUUUGUUUAUUAGCUUGUUAAAGACAGUGGUUGAAGACCAGGAAGGAACAUCUAUAUUUUUUAUCUUGACUAUGCCAAUUUAAUUAGAAUUCCCUGUAUCUAAAGACUGCUGCCUUUUACUUACUGAAAGGCAUUUUAGUGUGAUGUAUGUAUAAUACUAAAUAAAGACUAUUUAACACUUCUCACCUUUUAUACCAAGUCUUGAAGACUUUUUUUUUUUGGUACUGAGGAUCGAACUCGGGUCCUUGCACUUGCGCAGCAAGCAGCAAAACCACUGAGCUAAAUCCCUGGCCUACUUCUCACCUUUUAUAGUUGAUCUAUAAGUUCAGAUCCUUUUAAAAGCAUGAUACAGUAGUAAAUUAGAUUUUAUUUUUGAAUUCUUUGGACUAAGUUAUUCAGGAUAGUAUUUAAAUAGCUAUUUAAAAACACAAGAUUGAAAUUACUGUUUUUUGUGUGGUUGGCAGUGGUGCUUUUUGUCAGCUCUUUAGAAGGAUUAAAGUGGGGAAGGUACAACAUCACAAAUUUGUAUGUGACCAUAAUACUUAAUUAAAAACAAAAUCAGAUUGA